AAUGAUGAGCUCAGUUAGAUAGAGAGAGAAUAGAAAAAAUUCGGUAACUAAUAAAUCAUUAAAUUUCAGUCUUCCUAAAAGAGCCUCAUCAUAAAUAAAGUAAUAAUUUAUUUUAAGUAAUAGAAUCCAUCAUUUACCAAGCAUCUCAAAUAAUUCAACUUGUUGUAGUCAUUCGAAUACAUCUAGUCCUCCAUAAAGUUGUUCGAAAUUAGAGGAUGAUUAUGUUGAUAGUAUAUUGCUAAUUUGAUUGAUAGUGUCUCCUGUUUCCAAAAAUACAUUCUAAGACCCCUUGAAUUACUUUACUUAUGAUGAUUUUAAUUCAAUUCUUCCUAUCACUAUUAAUGGUGUAAAGAUUUUGAAAAUUGAUUGGACUUACUUUUCAGCACCUCCAAAUAUAUUAUCACCUUGGAAAGCACAUUGUUUUUGGACAGUUGGAUACACGUUUGACAUUAAUAUGAGGAAAAUGAAAAAAUCUUAAAAUAUAAAAUACCGAUUAAUCAUUUAAAGUUGGUGUUGUCUCAACAAUAAGUCUUGGGUAAAAAAUAAAUGGGAUAGAUUAUUAGAGCAUGAAACUGGUCAUUAUUUGAUUGGAUGUCUUUGUGCCUUAGAAUUCAAAUAAAAGUAUAAAUAAUAUAUAAUAGUAGAGCUGAUAAAUUCAAAUAUACUAAAAAUUACAGAAUGGAAUGUACUAAAUUAUUUUAAGAUACAUUUUAAUAUUAUCUUUAAAUGGAAAAGUAGUAUGAUGAAGAAACAAAUCAUAGUUAAAAUGUUUCAAAGUAAAAAGAAUGGAAUGAAUUCAUUAAAUCAGAACUUCUAAGAUAUUGA